ACUAGAAUCAGUCCAUAUUAAACAGGAGAGUCCUGUACUGGAAUCAGUCCAUAUUGAACAGGAGAGUCCUGUAAUAGAAUCAGUUUAUAUUGAAAGGGUUAUUCUCAAUUCUAAACCCUUAAGUAGCUCUCUUUGUCAUGGAUGUGGGGAGAGUUUUAACUCUGAAGGAAACCUUGAAGCAUCUCCUGGAAAGACUCUGCAUCGCUGUGCUGGAUGUGUGAAGACUUUCAGGGAGUCAGGAAUCCUGAACGGACAGCAGCAGACAGGCACUGGAAAGACUCCAUAUAACUGUCAUGAAUGCGGGGCGGAUUUCAGACCCCACAGCAGCGUGAAACACCACCUGCCAGUUCUGAAGGUACAGCUGGGUUAUCCUUGUGAAAGGCAGGAUUCAGAGAUGGAGCCUGUCCUCAUUAAACAGGAGAGUCCUGAACUAGACCCUGUCCAUGUUGAAGAGGAGGGGAACCAUUUUAAAACAAGCAGCUUGCAGGGCGCUCUGUCCUGCGCUGACUGUGGGAAGAGUUUCACACGUUUACAACACCUGAAACUCCAUGUGCUAAUUCACACAGGAGAGAAACCGCAUGUCUGUGCCGACUGCGGGAAGAGUUUCAGUCAGUCACAAAACCUGAAAAUGCACCAGCGAAUUCACACUGGAGAGAAACCGCAUGUCUGCGCUGACUGUGGGAAGAGUUUCAGACAUUUACAACACCUGAAACGUCACCAGCGAACCCACGCUGGAGAGAAACCGCAUGUCUGUGCUGACUGUGGGAUGAGUUGUAGAGAUUUACAAAACCUGAUGCUUCACCAGAGAACUCACACAGGAGAGAAACCGCAUGUCUGCGCUGACUGUGGGAAGAGUUUCAAUCAGUUACACAACCUGAAGCGUCACCAGCGAACCCACACUGGAGAGAAACCGCAUGCCUGUGCUGACUGUGGGAUGAGUUGUAGAGAUUUAUAUAAUCUGAUACUUCACCAGAGAACUCACACAGGAGAGAAACCGCAUGUCUGCGCUGACUGUGGGAAGAGUUUCAAUCAGUUACAAAACCUGAAACGUCACCAGCGAACCCACACCGGAGAGAAACCGCAUGCCUGUGCCGACUGUGGGAAGAGUUUCAGUCAGUUACAAAGCCUGAAACUUCACCAGCGAAUUCACACAGGAGAGAAACCGUAUGUCUGUGCUGAGUGUGGGAUGAAUUUCAAAGAUUUGCAAAUCCUGAAACUUCACCAGAGAACCCACACAGGAGAGAGACCGCAUGUCUGUGCCGACUGCGGGAAGAGUUUCAGUCACUCCCAAAGCCUGAAACUUCACCAGCGAAUUCACACAGGAGAGAAACCGCAUGUCUGCGCUAAGUGUGGGAAGAGUUUCAGUCAGUUACAAAACCUGAAACUUCACCAGAGAACCCACACAGGAGAGAGACCGCAUGUCUGUGCUGACUGCGGGAAGAGUUUCACACAUUUGCAAAGCCUGAAACUUCACCAGAGAACUCACACAGGAGAGAAACCGCAUGUCUGCGCUGACUGUGGGAAGAGUUUCAGUCAGUUACAAAGCCUGAAACGUCACCAGCGAACCCACGCUGGAGAGAAACUGUCUGCGCUGACUGUGGGAAGAGUUUCAGAUGGAUAUACGGCUUGAAAAAGCACCAGCGAUUUUCUACAGAUGUUCUGAAUUAUUUGCAUUAUAAACCACAUUCUUAGUGUGCGAUACGAUGAAUAUACAGACUCCUCGGGGCGCUGUGCGAGGCGAAGCCGAGUGCCUCCAGCCCCUGACAACUCUGUAUAUUCAACGCAUACGGUGUGGGGGGAAAUUCACAGUUAAUUGUUAAUUGAGAAGGUCUGUCUCAAAGCCAGUUUACAAUUCUCUUCCUAUAAAGGGUUGAGAAGUGCGACACCUGGUGGAUAGGAGGUGCCAUGACCGUCAGCCCAUGUUAUGAAAUGAACUGUUACCCUGAAACACGGAACGUUUAAGAGAAUAGAAAUCCCUGAUUUCCUUAUUCUAAAAGUGAAUUGUGUGUGUGUGAGUGUCAGUGCGUGGGUGUGUAUUAUUAUUACAUUCUUACAUGCAUUAGUUUCACUGUAUUUUAUAAGUUAGUUUGUUUAUGAAAUGUAAUGCAUGUAUUUUUGAUGCAGUGUAAAUAUACACGUGUAUGUCUUGUAUAAUUGCUCUUGCUUUACCUGCCAGUAUUGCAAGUCAUGUCAAUAAAGCGCCAUUGAACUGGACUGAGAGAGUUGCCAGGUCCGCGGUUUUCCCGCGGUAUUUGGGCUACUUUUACAAACACAGCCGCGGGGAAUAUGAAGGAGCCGCGGGUUGAUAAAGCGAUUAGAAAUGGUGGCGUUGCUUUAUAAAAGACUGAAACUGUUUUCGUGUUUGCGGUUCUGUUUGGGAUACAGCUGGUCGGCUGUGAAUGUCGUCCCUUCAGGGCGCUCGUACGCGGUUGUAGUUUUUUAUCGGUUUAGUGGUGCAGAGCCCCACGUGUUAAGA